GGGGCGGCAUGGGCUCGGGCCGUCGCCUCCGCCUGGCCGUCAGCCCGCCCAGACUGUCACCGGCCACGGGGUCCAUAGCAGCGGCGGCGGCGGCGGCGGCGGCAGCAGCAGCAGCAGCAGCAGCACCGUCCCGGUGGCGGCCCGGGGCCGCGUCCCCCGGCUGCUGUCAGGCGCUGGUGGCGGAAAUGAGGCGCUGGCCGUUUUCCGAGCCGGGGUUUCCUGCCUGAGCGUCGAGAGGCCGUACGACGCCAUGGGCCGGCCGGGCCUCGACCCGCAGCUUGCGCGCUCGGCCCCCCCGCCUCGCUCUCCGCCAUGAACGGGCCCACCGUGCAGCCGUCCCGCACGUCCUCGGCACCCGCGUCGCCCGCAUCCCCGCGCGGCUGGAGCGACUUCUGCGAGCGGCACGCAGCGGCCGCAGCGCGAGAGCUGGCCCACCAGUACUGGCUGUUCGCGCGCGCGCACCCACAGCCGCCCCGCGCCGACCUGGUGUCGCUGCAGUUCGCCGAGCUCUUCCAGCGCCACUUCUGCCGGGAGGUACGAGAGGGUCUCGCGGGGCCGCCGGGUCGCGACUACCGCGCCACUGCCCCGCCCCGCCCUGCGCUGCCCAAAGCGCGCAGCUCCGAGGACCUGGGCCCGCGGCCCGCCUGCGCCCUGCUGCACCUGCGCCGCGGCCUGCGCCAGCUCUUCCGCCGCCGCUCAGCUGGGGAGCUGCCAGGGGCUGCCGGCGACACCAACGACACCGACAAUGACACCUCCGCCUCCACCAGGCCGGGUUCCGCCCGCAAGCUGCUACCCUGGAGUCUGCGGGAGCCGUCGGCCGAGGCACUCAAGGAGGCGGCGCUGCGCUACAGCCUGGCAGAUGAGGCGGCCAUGGACAGCGGCGCGCGCUGGCAGCGGGGUCGCCUGGUGCUGCGAGCCCCAGGUCCAGGCCACGGCCGCCUGCUGCAGCUCUUCGAUCCGCCCAAGAGCUCAAAGCCCAAGCUCCAAGAGGCCUGCUCCAGCAUCCGGGAGGUCCGUCCGUGCACUCGCUUGGAGAUGCCCGACAACCUCUACACCUUUGUGCUGAAGGUGCAGGACCAGACAGACAUCAUCUUUGAGGUGGGAGACGAACAGCAGCUGAACUCAUGGCUGGCAGAGCUCAGGGCAAGCACAGGCCAAGGGUUGGAGCAUAUGGACACAGAGUUACCCCUUUCCUUAGUGGCAGAGCCUGUCUCAGCCAGCUCCCCAAGGGGAAGCACAGACUCCCUAGAUCAAGGUAUGUGCCAGUUGCCUGGCCUCUGGGUGUCCUUGGACAUGUGUAGCCCCCCCAUGUGGGUCAUCAUCACCAUCUUUCUGCCAGGUGCUUCACCUGGAGCGGCGAUGCUGGACCCAGCCUGCCAGAAAACAGAUCAUUUCCUGUCCUGCUACCCCUGGUUCCAUGGCCCUAUCUCCAGGGUGAGGGCUGCACAGCUGGUUCAGCUGCAGGGCCCUGAUGCCCAUGGCGUGUUCCUCGUGCGGCAGAGUGAGUCCCGGAGAGGGGAAUAUGUGCUCACAUUCAACUUACAGGGCAGAGCCAAGCACCUCCGCCUGGUGCUUACAGAGCGUGGACAGUGUCGUGUGCAGCACCUGCACUUCCCCUCGGUGGUAGACAUGCUCCGCCACUUCCAGCGUUCCCCCAUCCCGCUUGAGAGUGGGGCAGCCUGUGAUGUCCGACUCUCUGGCUAUGUGGUAGUCGUGUCCCAGGCACCAGGUUCCUCCAACACUGUCCUCUUCCCUUUCUCCCUUCCUCACUGGGACUCGGAGCUGGGUCUUGCCCCUCUCAGCUCUGCUGGCUGUCCUCCCGGCCUUGGCGCAGAGGCUCUCCCUGGCCGAGUGACACCCCCGGAGCAGAUUUUCCACCUGGUGCCUUCUCCUGAGGAACUGGCCAACAGUCUGCGGCACCUGGAGCUGGAGCCUGUAAGCAGCACCCGGGACUCGGACUAUGAGAUGGACUCCUCUUCACGGAGCCACCUUCGGGCCAUCGACAACCAGUACACCCCUCUCUCACAGCUGUGCAGAGAUGCAAACUUGUGAAUGUAACCAUCUUCCUUCCCUCCAGAGAGCUACUGGCUGCUGUCAGCCUUCCCCAGCUCUGAUGUGCCCCUCUACCAGGCUGUCACAGGCUUCCUGUCAGCCGCAGCUAGCCCCUGGCUUUUUCCCACUGUUUACAGAUGUACUUCUUGUGCACAGGUGCCACUAGCUGGUACCCUAUGCCCUGUCCCCAUCCCAGAGUGGGGAGAGGGGCUGCAGGCCCAGAGCUGGCAGUGGAAACUGACAGAGCUGAUGACAGACUUCUUACCAUAGGGUCAUCGGGAAGCACAAAACACUAACAGUCCCUGGAUUUUCACAUGGUUUCCUUCCCUGUAGCUCCAGUUCCUUGGCAAGUCCACAUUCCAUGCCACAGGUGAUGGAUGCUUCAUAAUCCUGCUACUCUUAGCUUUAGGACAGAAGCUGUGCUAGAGGGAUAAGCUUAAAGAUCAAAAAAUGAUUUUAAACAUUUUACCUCAGAUUAAUUUUAAAAAACGGAUUCAGGUUUCCAUUUAAAAUUACAGCUUACUUCACGGCACUGCCCUACUAGGAACCAUGCCACACUCAAGUCAGAGGCAGCUAAGCAUGCCUGCUUCUCUCGCCCUGAGCAAAGCUAGCACGCUGGUGUCUCUGUAUGCUCAUCCUCAGGACAGUCGCCUGCUAUGGGGUAGCCACUAUCUUCCCUAAUGUAGAGAGAAUGAAGUGUGUCACCCUUUCAGGGAAAUCCAGGCAGCUUGCAGAGAGAGAAGGGUGGCAAGGGACAUCCCACCCCAGUGCCUUAUGCAUAAAAAAAAAAAAAAAAAAAAAGAGAGAGAGAGAAAAGGACUCUGGUUGACAGCAGCUUUACAGAGGAAGGGAUGAACAGGCAGGGGAUAGACAAGCACAGAUGGAAGGGCCCCUAGGUUUGUGAACUCACGUUUAUAGCUUGCCCCUGCCCCAGGCAUCUAGCGGCUUACGUGGCUCGAUCGUGGGCCCAAAGGGGAGCUGACACCAUACUAUGAAGAAGCUCCUGAAAUAUCUCACUGUAAGUGUUCUGUCCCACGUGGCAGCAUGGUCACUGGUGGGAGAAUAUGCUCUUGAACUAUACAGUCUCUCCAUCUAGAUGGGGCCUAUACUGGUCUGAUCUUUUCUACGUGACGCAGUUCACGGGGACUGGAGUGGGCUGCUCAUGGGCACAAACAGUGCCAGUUAGUGUAGCCCUUAGGAUCAAGGGAAUCAACUUAAUUCUGGGACAUGUUCAUUAGAGGCAAAAGAUGCCGAUGCCCUGCUGAUACCAACAGCACUGGCCCCUCAUCUGGCUACUCUGUACUUUGCAAGCUUGUGUGGCCCUUGGUGGGUGGAAGAAGCAGCCAGCUGUACCUCACCUUGGAACAGCCACUGUUGUGCUCAUGGACCAAGGCAGGUCUAACACAGGUGCAGAUUUGUGUUCCAUCUUUAAAAAAAAAAAAACAAACAACAAACUAGCUUUCCUUUAUUUCCCACAAAGUAUGAACCAAAGAUAUAAGCAAUAUUCAGUCACUGGUCCAGUCUUGUCUCUGAUCUGUGCCAGAGAAAAGGGGCUGAUUGCACAGACUCUGCCAGAUACUAUAAACCAGCACCUCUGUCUCACAGCGCUGGAACCUCAAGCUCCAUGUGGAUGGCUUUCUUUUUAAAGGUAUCCAAGGUAUCAGAGAAAUUUAAGUAUAUUAUGACAAAAAAAUAUUCUCCUGGCUCUGUGACAGAAUGACAUUAAGCCAACACCUUUUCUUUUCUGCUAGAGGAGGUCUAGUUGGCUGAAGGGAAACAGGCAGGCUAGCAAGGCCCUGGCCAGAUGCACACAGUGUCAACAGCAGAUACCAUCUCCAGCCCCAGCAGUCCUUACUGGCCACCAAUGGCAGGCAAGGCCACACUAGGCAGGAAGUGUCAGUUGAUCCCAUAGAGACUUAAGUGUAGCUCAGCAGUCUCUGUGCCCUUGCUUCCGUCUCCUGACUCCUCAAGUACAAACUAACAGUCACCAGCACAAAGAAUUAGGUCAACUAACCUGCCCUGACUUUAGACCAGCAAUCCAUAUGGCUUUCUCUGUAUAAAUCUUCUGCCUUUGAUCAUUUCUGGACUGUGUAGGAAAAAGGAACAGUGAUCAUUACAAUUUUGGGCCAGACAACACUAUUUUUUACCUAAGUUUCUUAACCUAAAUUAAGGCUUCACCUCUUUCCUGAGGGCUCCAUCUUGUGUCCAAAUGUUACCUUGGUGCAAACACCAAGUGACAAGACUGUCAUUCACUGCCCCCAAAGGAAGAUACAUCUAACAGCAUGUGGCUGGAGUAAGUGGCACUGGGACAAUAGGAAGAGGGGAUUUCAUCUAUCAUAUCAGAAGGUAUUUUGGCAAGCUUUUGUUUUAUGUACUGUAAGAGUAACUUAUUCUUGAAUAAUGCAAAUUUUGCUACAAUGUACAAAUUGCUAAACGUGAAUUAAAAAGGUUUUCAGAAUUA